GUCAUGUGUUCGAAUUUGGGUUGUGCAUGUGAGUUUUUUUGAAUUUUUGAAAAUUUCCAAUCAUGAAUUCGAAUAAUCAUUCAUCGGAAGAUUUACCAAGAUCGAUGAAAAAUUUAUGGACACUAUUAUCCGGUUCGUUGAAUUUAAAAUCACUUCAAUUCAUAGCAGAUGAAUUGGAAUCGAAUCAAAAACAAUUGAUUGAAGGUGUUCUAUACUAUCGACCACAUGAUGUCAAUGUUGAUUCAAUGUCAAAGAUAAUGGAAAUGAAAAAUACAAUGGUGAAUGCUUCGUUCCUUUACAAUCUAAGCGUUCUACUCGACCUGAAUGCUCGACAAUGUUGUGAUCUGAUUCAAUCAUAUUUGCUUUAUGAAUUCGAUGGUACACCCGAAAUGGCCCGAACAUUAUUUGCCAAUGAAAAACAGAGGAAAAGAUUGUUUGAAAAUCUUUGGAAUUAUUAUUAUUCAGAACGAAUUUUCGGCCUUUUCUGCCUGAAACAAAUACUCAGCAAUUGGAAAGAAAGUGAACAUGUUUAUGCGAAAAUAUUUCAAGAUUUUCUCAAACAUAUCAAUACAGACGAACAAAUAUCCACAAAAUUGAUGGCACAAUUGAAACAUUUGAUACACGUUCAUGAGAAACCACGACAAUCAAAAAUUCAACAUUUUUUAAGCGAAAAAAAUUCCGAUGAUCUCACCAUCAACAUACGAAAAGAAGAGAUUCAAGUACUACAAUUGCUUCUUUUGUAUUAUAAAAAUUUCGUACCAACCGCUGAAGAUGUUUUGGAUAUAUUGAAAUGUUUUCAUGAAACAGGUUUCGAAACAUCAAAUCAUAAUCAUAGUAAUCGCCUACCGCAAAUAAAAAGUUUAGGUCAAUUUUGUGGUUUUCUUAAAACCAUUUUGAUUGUUGAAUUUCUGGAUCCAAAUGGUCUUCGAAAAUGUCAAAACGAUGAUGUUGAACAUUAUCUUUUUCGUGGUGAAAAUGAAGCCGUAAUUCGACAGAUUUUUUCGAUAAUUAUCAAUCUAAAUAGCACAGCACAAGAACAUUCGCUUUUAUUUUUCACCUGGACAAUCAUCAAUCAAUUCUGUUCAAUAGACAAUAAUCAAGAUCAAGAUGUAAUCGAACGUUUAGGAAAUAAUGCAUUACAAUUGAAGAUAUUCAAAUAUAUUGAAUCCUGUGUUUCGUGUCUGGAACCGAUGGAUCUGUUGAAGAAAAGCUCUGUCCAUAAUUUGAUUUAUGAAAUUAUCGGUAAUCUAUUAGAAGUAACGUUCUCUGUAUUUGAUUUUGAAAAAUUUAUCCACAAUGAUACGACACUCACACAGUUGCUAAUUCAUCUAUUCACAAGUGAUGUGAUCGCUCGAAUUUUAUUCGAUUCCGGUCUAACCACUGGAUUGGGAUUAUCAUUGCGAUAUGCAUUGAAUCUGUUUCCACAUCGGACACAUCUAUUGCUGAGCUUAUUGAAUUCAUUGGCCCAAACAAACAUGUGUCGAAAUUUAUUCGAACAAUUAUCAAUAAUCAAUACAUUGACUUCAUUCACUGAAUCAUUUGAUUCGUUGGAUAUCAAUGACUAUUAUACAUCACAAACAGAUUCAGUGGCUUGUAUUGUAUUGUACAAUGAUCGAUAUUUAUACAAUGAUCAUCAAUUGAAAUUGGUGAAAGGUUCCCGUGGCACUAUUCAUUAUUAUGAAGGCUGUCGUCUAAUUCAAUGGAAUGAUCUAAUGAUGGACGGAUGGAAAAUUCUUUAUAGACGAUUGAAAUAUCUGAUAAAUCAAAUCAAACAAGGUCAUAUGUAUUCAACCAUAAAUGAUGAAGUUAUAUUGAAUGAAAUCAGUAAACUGGCGCUUAUUUGUUCAGAAUUGAUCGUACAUAAUUCACAUUCGAAUAUCACAUUUUUCGAACCAAUUGUCAGAUUAUUGCUUGAAUUAUUUAAAUUGAUUGUAUCAGUAGAUCAGACAACGAUUCGUUUGUUUGUGGCUUCCAUAAUCAAAUUAUGUGUUGAAAUGAUGCGUCAGAAUUUUAUGGAUGAAAAAGAAAUCUGGUCAACAUUGACUGAUAAACGUUUCUUUCCAUACAUGAUUGGAUUUUGCAAUCAAUUCAAUGAAAUAUUAACUGGAACCGAUACGAAUAUUUCAACAUUGGGAUACAUCCUCGCCACCGAUGAAUUCAUUAAAGGCAAUUAUGAAUUGACAAUAUCGUUUCUUUCAUUGAUGACAUAUAUGAUCGAAAAUGAUGAAUAUCAUCACGAUAAUUCCAUAAUUGCUUCAUUCAUGUUCAUUGUGAAUGAUAUUUUUCCAUCCUAUAAAUUAUGGAAUUAUCGCCGAGAAAAUGAUGCACAUCGUAUCGGUCGAAUGUGUAUACAGAUUUUUCAUCAUAUUAUCAAUCGUGUACGACGUAAAAUGGCCAAUGAAUUGAUAAUGAUUGAAAAAAUCUGUAUCAUACGAUUGAUGGAAGGCCAAGCUGCCGAACAAUUAUUGACAAUCAUUAAAAGUGGGGAAGAAAUUGUGAAAGAAAGAAUUGUCAAUUCAGGCAAUGAAUUACUACUGGAAGUGGAUGAUCAAAUUGUCAGUAUUCGUACAUCGAUAUUAAUAUUAAGCCAUCUAUUGGAAAUGUAUUCCGAAGUGACGAAAUUGUCAUCGCUUAAAGAUAAAUCUGUUAUCGAGAAAAUCAUUUUCUCAUCAACCAACAAUGCCAAACCGAAUAUGUUGUUGAUAUUUACACAUUUCAUUUGUCAAAAGUAUGACAUUUAUCUGGCCAUCAAUGCAUUACAAUUGAUUAAUCAGUUAGCAUUCAAAUUCCCAAUGUCAAUGUUGGCAUGUUUUGGCUCACACACCGAAUUUAUUCGUGAUCAUUUCCUAUUUCGAUUGGAAACAGUAACCGAAGAUAUCAAUUUCAAGAUUGCAAUGUUGAAUUUCCUAUCCACAUGUGUUGAAUAUCAACCUGGUUUGGUGGAAAUGUUUUUGAAUGUUUCCACUGCCACCACCAAUAAUAAUAGCAUUCUAAACUCAAUCAUCGAGAUUUUAGAGGAAAAGAUGAAUGGCCAAUAUCAUUGUCCAUAUGAAUUUCAUCAUGCAUCAUUACAAUUUGUGGUGAAAUUCUGGUUGAAACCCAAUAUAAUGGCUAUGAAUAAAUUGAAAAAUAAUGAUAAAUUCUGGAUAUUGGUCACAUUUCCAUUGUUUAAUGAUCAACGGAAUAUCGAUAACUCAUUAUGUAGUUUUGUAUUGAAAAUAUUAUCACGUGAAAUUCAUUUUACUAAAUUACUUGAAAAAACUGAUGUUAGCAGCAAUCUAACCAACAUAUUCGAUGAUAUGAUUGACAAGAAUGUUAUUGCAAAUUUUUCCGCGCACAUUCGUCAUCAAUUGAGCGACAGUAAAUUAUGGACAGCAGAUUUUAUCAAUUUUAUUGAUGGUUGGAGAGAUUUCUUAGCGUCAUGGACUAAAUUCAUUCUGACUCGUGAUUCAACUUGCGUGAUCAAAAUGCUCAUCAAAGAUAUAUUGGAAUACGUUUCAAUAUUGAUCGAUACCGAUAUCAUUGAAAAAAAGACAAACAAAUUGAUCAAUAAAUUUUCAAAUCUUCUGCUGAUAAUUACAUCGGAUAAUCAACAAUUUGAAAAAGCCAUUUUAAAUGAUAGUGAAGAAUAUAUGAAAAUUGUGACUGAAAUUUUCAACAAAAUUGUCAUACAUAAAGAAUCCAUUUCAUUCAAUUCACAAAUUUCACUCGGUGUUUUUCUCAUCAAAUUGAUCGAUGAACGACGAUCAAUAUCAUCACCGCAAGAUCAGGAAUUAUUCUAUUCAAUUGUUGAAUUAUUGAACAAUUCAUUUCGAUUAAUGGCCAAACAAUUGAAUAGUGAUUUGCAGCCAGUGAAUUUAAAUCUUGAAAAACGAUUAAUUCAUGUCAAUCUUUCCAUCAUAAUCGUAAUGUUUCAACGAUGUUCGAAAAUGAAUAUUCGUUAUCUGAAAAUAUUGCGGCAUUUUGGCACCAGUGAACAAAUACUGAAUAUGCUCAUCUAUUUUCUUCGUAAACGUAUCCAUUUGGAUUUAGCUCAGAAUAUUGCACCAUAUUUUGUUGUUAUAUCACAUUCAUCGGAUGGUGCCAGUCUUUUGAAUGCAUUGAAUUUAGUGAAUCAAAUGUCGGUGAAUUUUUCAUUGACUACUAACACCAUAGCAGGAAUCGACGAUAGAAUGAAUGAUUCAGAUUUCAUACAUGAUAUUGCUAUAUUCUCACAAAUUGUACGAACCGUAAACAAUAUGAUCAUUCAUUUGCGACAUCAUUUCAGCGAAACUUGUGUAUCAUUCAUUGCCAUCUAUCUGGACACCAUACGUGAGAUUUUUGCUGCUUUUCGUAAACAACCUAAAUUGAAAAUCAUACGACUUGUGUUGCUUAUAUUGGAAUUGUGUUCUUCCACUUCGAAAUAUGUGAAAAUAUGGCAAAACAAUCAUGCAAUUUCAUUCAAAAUUAUAACCGAAGAAAUACUAUUGUCCAGUAAUAUGAUGGUCGCUUUUCUGCUUCGUCCUACACUUGUAUUGAAAACUUUCAUGGAAGAAUAUAAACAGAGUAAUGGCCAUGAUGCACUGCAAAAUAUGAUGAUACUGAUGCUGUUGGAAUCGAUGAAAUUUUUGAUCGAUGUUUCACCCGGACUUUUGGAAUUGUUUGCCAAUGAAGCGAUCAAUGAUGAAGAAGCGAAAUAUAAUAAUUUACUUAUAUCGACCAAUUUUUCCUUUCCAAAUGUUGAUUCAAACGAUAUUCUAACAUUCGGUUCAUUGGCCAAUCUAAUCAAUUUCCUCAUCAAACAAGAAAAGGAUGGGAAAAGAAUCGGAGUAGCCGAUGACAAUUGCCAAUUACAAAUUUCACUUUUAGAAUUGUCAUUAGUAUUGUUUUUCACACAGUCAUUGAUUGCAAAAAAUUCGCUGAAAAUGAUUCCAAGUGAUGAACAAAGAUUUUUCCAUGAAAUCCACAAUGAAUUGAAUACAUUCAAAUCAAAUCUAAAAACUCAUCAUCAUCCACGUAAACAAACAUCAUCGUCGACAAUGUUGAAAAUGACAUCACCAAUGAUGAAACCUGUGCCACCAUCCAGUAUCCAUCAUCUAUCCGAACGUCCUUUUAUCAAAAUGAUGUUGAAUAUGGUGGAAAAUAUUUUACACAAAUCCAAUUAAUUGAUUCGAUAAUUGAUAAUAAAAGAAAAAAAUUUAUUUAUUUUUUUCAAAAAGUC